UGAUAGUGGAGAUUUAUUUGUUGUCGACUCUGAUAAUCAUCGUGUAGUGAAAUGGUCAAUGAAUGCAACAAGUGGUAUUCUUGUAGCUGGUGGAUUUGGUCGAGGACCAUUCUCGACUCAAUUGAACAGUCCAACUGCAAUUAUCAUGGAUGUUUAUGAUAACAUGUUUAUUCUCGAUGCAGGUAAUCAACGUAUUCAACAAUUUACACCUGAAAAUAAUGUUGGUAUUACAAUUUUUGAUGGAUCUUAUAACAGUGGCUUCGGUUUGAAUGCUCAGAGUAUGGUAAUGGAUUCAUUUGGAAAUCUAUAUGUUGCUGAUUAUAAUGGCAUGCGAAUUCAAAAGAUCAUUCUUAUAACAAGUAGUUCAUGUACAGGUUAG